GGAGGAGGAGGAUGGGCGGCCCUGGGCUAGCUGCAGGGAGGUGACUGAGGCGAGCCCAACCCCUUGCAUCCUCCCUCCUUGUGCCUCCCUCCCGGUUCUGCUUCCUUCUGCCAGCAGAAGCGGUGGCGGCAGCAGCACCUGAGGCUGCUCUCUCUCCUAGCAGCGCUAUGGCUAGAGCUGGGAGCAGCCUCCAUCCUUCUGCCAGAGACAGGGAGAGAACUGAGAGGCCUCCUGCUGUAUUCCUACUGCUGCUGCUGCUGUUACUCUGGGCUGGGGCUGCUUUCCAGGUGGCUCAGGGAACCGAGCUCCACGCCUGCAAAGAGUCUGAGUAUCAUUACGAGUAUACUGCGUGUGACAGCCUGGGCUCCAGAUGGAGGGUCGCCGUGCCCCACACUCCUGGACUGUGUACCAGCCUCCCUGAUCCAGUCAAAGGCACUGAAUGCUCCUUUUCCUGCAAGGCUGGAGAAUUCCUGGACAUGAAGGACCAGUCGUGUAAGCCAUGUGCCAAAGGCCGAUAUUCUCUAGGCACAGGUAUACGAUUCGAUGAGUGGGAUGAGUUACCACACGGGUUUGCCACCCUAGCGAACAACCUGGAGAUUGAUGAAGAUUUCACUGAGACAUCUGAAAAUUGCACCUCGUCAACUUGGGUUCCCUUGGGUGACUACAUCGCCUCGAACACAGAUGAAUGCACGGCCACACUGAUAUAUGCUGUCAACCUAAAACAGUCAGGCACUGUGUCAUUUGAAUAUUUAUAUCCGGACACUGGUAUCAUCUUUGAAUUUUUUGUUCAGAAUGACCAAUGUCAACCUAACAUAGAAGAUUCGAGGUGGAUGAAAACUACAGAAAGGGGGUGGGAAUACCACAGUGUGGAGUUAAAUCGUGGCAACAACGUUCUGUAUUGGAGAACCACAGCCUUCUCAGUCUGGUCUAAAGUCCGUAAGCCUGUGCUGGUGAGGAACAUCGCCAUUACAGGAGUUGCCUAUACUUCCGAAUGUUUCCCCUGCAAACCUGGAACCUACGCUGCCAAGGAGGGCUCCUCUACCUGCAAGCUUUGCCCAGUAAACUCUUACUCCAAUAAGGGAGAAACCUCCUGCCACAAGUGUGACUUGGACAAAUACUCAGAACAAGGAUCCUCCUCUUGCAAGCUGCGUCCAGCUUGCACCGACAAAGAUUAUUUCUACACACACACAGCCUGUGAUGCCAAUGGAGAGACACAGCUCAUGUACAAAUGGGCAGAGCCAAAAACUUGCAGUGAAGAUCUUAAGGGAGCUGUGAAACUUCCAGCCUCUGGAAUGAAAACCCGCUGUCCACCUUGUAAUCCAGGAUUCUUCAAAACCAACACCAGCACCUGUGAGCCCUGUCCUUAUGGCUCCUUCUCCAAUGGCUCAGGCUGUGUUAGCUGCCCAGCUGGAACUGAACCAGCCUUGGGUUUUGAAUAUAAAUGGUGGAACACCUUGCCUACAAAUAUGGAAACUACGGUUCUUAGUGGAAUCAAUUUUGAGUACAAGGGCAUGGCAGGCUGGGAGGUGGCCGGAGACCAUAUUUAUACAGCUGCUGGAGCCUCAGAUAAUGACUUCAUGAUUCUUACACUGAUUGUACCAGGAUUCAGCCCUCCGCAUUCCGUGAUGGCGGACACAGAAAAUAAAGAGAUUGCCAGAAUUACCUUUGUCUUUGAGACCGUGUGUUCCGUGAACUGCGAGCUUUAUUUCAUGGUGGGAAUGAACUCCAGGACCAACACCCCAGUGGAAACUUGGAAGGGACCAAAAGGCAAACAGUCCUACACGUAUAUCAUUGAGAAGAACUCCAGCAUGAGCUUCACCUGGGCCUUCCAGAGGACCACCUCCCAUGAAACUGGCCGGAAGUACACCAAUGAUGUGGCCAAACUCUACUCCAUCAAUGUCACCAAUGCCAUGGACGGGGUGGCCUCCUACUGCCGCCUCUGUGCCCUGGAGGCUUCCGAUUCUGGCUCCUCCUGCACUUCCUGUCCCGCUGGCUACUACAUUAAUCGGGAAUCUGGGGCCUGCCACUCCUGCCCUGCUAACACGUUCCUGAGAGCUCACCAGCCCUACGGGGUCCAGGCCUGUGUGCCCUGUGGCCCAGGGACCCAGAGUAACAAGAUUCAUUCGCUGUGUUUCAACAAUUGCACUUUCUCUGUCAGUAAUGGAGCCAGAACCUUCAACUAUGACUUCUCAGCCUUGGCAAAUCCUAUUUCUCUGUCUGGGGGACCAAGCUUUACUUCCAAAGGGCUCAAGUAUUUCCACCACUUUAUUCUCAGCCUCUGUGGAAACCAGGGUAAAAAAAUGGCUUCCUGCACAGACAAUGUCACUGACAUCCGGAUCCCAGAGGGGGAAUCAGGUUUCUCUAAAUCCAUCACAUCCUAUGCCUGCCAGGCGGUUAUCAUCCCCUCCGAGGUGACAGGCUAUAAAUCAGGGGUCUCCUCACAGCCUGUCAGCCUUGCUGAUCGACUUAUAGGAGUGACAACUAAUAUGAACCUAGAUGGAAUCACCUCCCCGCUGGAACUUUUUCCCUCCGAAACUCUAAGGAUGCCUGAUGUGAUCUUCUUUUACAGGUCUAAUGAGGUGACACAAUCCUGCACUUCGGGGAGGUCAACCACUGUGCGAGUCAGAUGCAAUCCACUGAAGCCUGCCUCUGGAAGUCUCUCCUUGCCAGUGAAAUGCUCAGAUGGGACUUGUGAUGGCUGUAACUUCCACUUCUUACUGGAGAGUGUAACAGCUUGCCCCCUCUGCUCCAGCUCUGACUACCAUGCUAUCAUCAGUAGCUGUGUGGCUGGGAUCCAGAGAACCACUUAUGUGUGGCGAGAGCCGAAGCUGUGUACAGGAGGUAUUUCCCUGCCUGACCAGAGUGUUACCAUCUGCAAGACUAUGGAUUUUUGGCUCAAAGUGGGCAUCUCUGCAGGCACCUGUGCUGCUAUUCUUCUCACUGUCAUGACCUGUUACUUCUGGAAAAAGAACCAAAAACUGGAAUACAAAUAUUCCAAGCUGGUGAUGAAUGCCACCCUUAAGGACUGUGACCUGCCCGCUGCUGACAGCUGCGCCAUCAUGGAGGGUGAGGAUGUAGAAGAUGAUCUCAUAUUCACCAGCAAAAAGUCGCUCUUUGGGAAGAUCAAGUCAUUUACUUCUAAGAGGACCCCAGAUGGUUUUGAUUCCGUGCCAUUGAAGACAUCCUCAGGAGACAUGGAUAUGUGAGGGGCCCACAUCUGCCGCCUCCUGCUUCUUCACCUAGGCAGAUUGUUUUGUGAGCCCGUGGUGACUUGGCUGCCCAGCUCUCUCCCACACCUACAGCUGCAAGAUUCUUUAUGUGGCCUUAUCAUAAAAUGUUUAAAUUACAGAUUUUUUAUAUACACACCCAAAUUUCCCCACCCUGCCUACUCCCAAACCUGCCAGAUACAUCCACAUUUGUCUGUACAAUGCUCCUUUGCUCACAUUCUGCUUGUCAAAAUGAUCCAGCCUCUCAAACUGUAGCUUUAUCCACCAUUGGUUCUCAUUGAUCCAAAAUGAAAAAAAGGUCUUUCUUGCUAAUUACAGAGCUGAUGCCUGACUAUCACAAGCUCUCCUUGCAUUUCCUUACUUUCCCCUUGGGGAACUAGGUGCCAAGUCAGCUGGGUUCUCUUGAGCUCCUUUCCUUCUGAUGAUAUUUUGAAUUAAAAAGGCCAAUUGAACCUGGAGUGGAGAGGACAAGUGUGGCAAGUAUAAAAGGGAGCAAUAUUCUUAGGAAGCACAAAAGAAGCCAGGGGGCUUUGUUUUAAGGAUUUUCUCCCCUUUACUAGGUGGUACUUUUCCCUUUCUUAUCACAGAGAUGUUCUCAUUGGAGCCAAGCAAGAAAGUUAAUAAAGAAAUUCACUAAAGAAUCUGGUCAAAUAUUUUCCCUACCCUGAUAUUUAUAGUGAAGGAUUCCAUCUCCAUAACUCCCUUCUCUCUGCCAUCUUUCUCUGGCCCCCAAAGGGCACAGGCAAGCCACACUUUGUCCCUUUGUUUUAUUCUAUUACUCACUAAACCUGUAACAAGAGAGGCUGGAGAAACCAGAGCAAGAGUCAAAAUUCCACCAUUGACAAUAACUCUCCCUUCACUCUACUGCUUGAGAUGAUGAUGAUUGUCCCUUGGCCAGUGGUCCAGUUGUCCACUUUUUCUGUUUGCACUAUUUACCGGUCAGUUGAUAUUUAAUUUGUUUGUACAGAAUAGGUUAUCAUUGAAAAGUCAUGUCUCUGUUCUUCAUAAUGACUGGGUUAGCUACAAAUGACCUCAAAAUUCUUUCAUUAAAGCCUCCAUGCUACGCUAGAGCACCUCAGUGACACUGAUGGUAGGGGGGUAGGAUUUAGCAAUGGAUAACACAAGCCCACUAUUAGGGUUAUUUCCUCCUUUAGGAUCUGAGACUCUGCUGGGAAAUUCUCCCAGGAAAUACACACACUUUACUCAGUAGCUCUACCCUUACAAUUGCUCCUACAACCUUAGGCCUCUUUAUUUAGAGGGCUUGGUUUUUGCAUCAUCCAGACACUUUCUUUCCUCCUCCUGCCUCAAAGGACAUGGAAAGCUCCCAGACCAUUCUUAAAAACAGCCUCAAAGGGAAUAAUCACACUUCCUUUACCCUCCUUAUUUCCACUUUGGGUAGCCAAAUUCUGGCCUCCUCAGAACAAGCUUGAAUUCCAGUGAUUUGGUUAAAGCAUUUUUCAAAGAUUUCUCUUCCUCAGCAUAUAGGCAGGGGGUCUACAUGGGACUCUAAAGCACCAUCAGGGUCACUAGUAGCCAUCUUCCCAUUACUCCUUGAGUUUUUUAAAGAGAUCUUGGACAUAUGCAUUUGUGUUUUAGAAAUAUUUUCAAUAUGAUUUCUAAGAAAGCCUGGUUUUGGUUUUGUUUUUUGUCAAGGAGAAUAAUAUCUUAUACAAGCUCUCUGAGGGAACUUUUAAAAUCUCAUUGGGAUGCUCCAAGUCCUGGGACACAGGAAUUAGUCAUAAGUAAUUCCUAUGUUUAGCUGGGGGCACAAAUAAAAAUUAUGAUGUAUAUUCAAGGACCAGGAGAUUUCUUAUGCCAACCAAGAUUUUUUUUUGACUUUUUUUUGGGCCAAACUGUACAUUAAAAAAAAAAAGACUGACUAUAUUUAUACAACAGAGACUUUGUAAUACAUUUUUCAGCUUUGUGAAACCAAAAUUCUGUCAGAACGGGUUGGAUUUCCUUUUUACACUGUUUUCCAAGAAUUUGUAGUUUGUUAGGGGAUGGGUAAUGCAUGUAAUGUGUGUGAAAUAAAAAUGUACCUUUUGGA